AUGGCUGACAAUUCCAAACAAGAUGAUAUAAAACAACUUCAACGUACUCAAUCGGCUAAUUUCGGUAAUAAACGUAGUCAUUCAUUGAAACAAACGUAUUCACCUCGUAGAGAUACCAAUUCAUUUCGUGUUAAUAAAUUGUAUCGUGGUCCUCCUACACCACCAGCUGAAGUUCUUUUCGAUAAAGAACGAAGUUUUGUAUUAGAUUGUCGUGCUGUUAGUCAAAUAUCAAAUGAUUAUUCAGCAGCAAAUCCAAAAUUAGGCUCUGUUAUUCCGCCUUACGAUUCACAAAAUGAUUCAGGUACCGAUAAUUAUUUCCGUUUUUCUGGUGUUGAUAAUACACUACAAAAAACAGGACAGUUAUCAAAUCAUGAAUCACUUUCUGGUAAAGCUUACGAUCGAUUUCUUACAAACGGUCAUGCAUACAAAUAUUUAUCAUUAAGAAAUAAAUUUGGAUCAGGUCAUUCGAUCGAUGAAGCCUCUGGUCAUCAAUUAUUUCUAAAUAAUCCAGAACCUGUUUUGAAUUACAAUGGCCUCUUUGGUUAUCGUCGUAAUACGCCAUCUUUACGUGAUCAACCAGCAAUUGGUACGAAAACUGUACACCUCAAAGAUCUUGUCUCAUUUUCUCGUUUUACAAAACUUGGAUGUAAUAAUCCUUAUCCAUUGCAUUGUCAAUGUUCAAUAAAUAAAACAUGUCGAUGUCAUAAUGGUAGUGAUCUAUGUCAAUGUGUUAAAGUAUAA